CGCAAACCCAGACGGCCCGCCAGACCCAGCGGUCGCUUACUCGCAUCGCAGCGCACUCGCGCCACAGUCGGCAUCACAGACCAGAUCCCUGCGGGUGCGGCGGCCAUGGCCGAGAACUUCCAACUCCAGGGCCGGCACGGCAAGUCCCGCGUCCGCGUCUCCCGCGUCUGGCGCCGCCCGGCCGCGGCGGGGGGCGACGUCAUCGUUGAGUGGAACGUCGCCGUCAGUAUCGUCUCCGACUGCCUCCCCUCCUACACCUCCAGCGACAACUCCGCCAUCGUCGCCACAGAUUCCAUCAAGAACACCGUGUAUGUCAAGGCGAAAGAGUGCACGGAAGUGGUGUCCAUGGAGGAAUUCGCCGUGAUUCUUGGAAGGCAUUUCACCUCGCUGUACCCUCAGGUUUCAGAGGCCACGGUGACUAUCGUGGAGCGCCCAUGGGAGCGUGUGACUGUCGACGGAAAGCCUCAUUCGCAUGGGUUCAAAGUUGGUGUUGAGAAGCACAGCACAGAGGUCAUUGUAAAAAAAUCUGGAAGCCUGCGUAUAAAUUCUGGAAUUCAAGGAUACUCGCUGCUAAAGACAACUCAGUCUGGGUUUGAAGGGUUUGUGACGGAUCGCUAUAGGCUUCUUCCUGAUACAAGGGAAAGGAUAGUAGCAACAGAAGUUACUGCUUGGUGGAGGUAUCCCUUUGAACAUGUUUCGCAGCUCCCAUCGAAGCCAUUCUGCUUCACGCAGAGAUAUCAGGAUGUAAAGAAAGUCCUUGCAGAGACGUUCUUUGGUCCUCCGGAUGUUGGUGUGUAUAGUCCAUCCGUACAAAAUACGCUAUACCUCAUGGCCAAGGAAGUCCUUACAAGGUCUGUAACUCUGAUUCGGUCGUCCCUUGUUUUCAGCCCCUUAAAAUAUGCACACAGUUUUCUUUGAUGAGUUGCAUUGCACUGAAUGCACAUGUACACUUUGAAGGUUCCCAGAUAUAUCGUCAGUCCAGCUUAGAAUGCCGAACCUUCACUUUCUGCCUGUCAACUUGGGGAGCAAAGAAGCUCCGCUGGUGAAGGUAAAACUUCCUCUACUGUAAAAAAUGUACGAAUUCUAUUGUUUCUUCUCUACCUAUUGAAUGACUCUCCAGGAUAGAAUUGCGGUGUCAAAUGUAGUUUAUAUGUACACAUCUUAUCCGCGGAACCUGAGAUAUAUUUUGUGUUUGUUUAUCAGUUUGCUGAUGAUGUGUACCUGCCGACGGAUGAACCACACGGGACGAUUGAAGCAACCUUAAUAAGCCGUCCCAUGUCAAAGCUGUAAAAAAAAUGUAGUCGUCAGGCUGGUAUUAGACUCCUGCUUCGUCUCCCCAGCAUCCCCAGGCUUAAAAUGGACAGUAAGCUGUAAGGGAAAGAUAAACUGUCAUAAAUCGUAGCCCCUAUGCUUUAUGUGUGGUGGUGGUAAUAAGUGCACAGACUUGUAUUGGAUGUUGUCAGCUGUAGCCUGUAGGCGUCCAGCUUGUGACGUUUCGCCACUGUAAUCGUGUACAUUGGUCGUCUUGUGUGGAAACCAGUUAAUAUCUUUGG